GCUCUAGUGCAGUACACGACAGUUGAUCCACUGAACCGUAGUGGAGCUGUGAGCUGUGAGCUGUGUUAUGUCCUUACUGGAGGUUUGAAUAAGUAAUAAGUAAAGUAGGCCGUAACUGUGGACGUUAUGCAAAUCGUAGGAGCUGAUUUGCGUGAUGCAGGGAAACAAACUUGUGCGUGCUGAGUGAGUGACCGGGGUGAGAAUGGACGCUUCGGAGGAGAUGUCCAGUUCUGAGGGCGAGUACCAGCUCAGGGAAUCCAUACACACAGACCCGGAGAAACGCGAGGACAGAGGAGCAGUCGGAGCCGCGUCUGCUUUCAGCUUCUCGGGAAUAGACACCCUAAGCGCCCUGAAGCUUAACCGAAGCGGCCAUUGCGCAGAGAAAAGCCUCCGCUACCUGCACUCGCUAUGGACACCCGGGGCGUUAAUGCAAACAGACCCGACCGGAGGGAAAAUAACCUCGAGCAGGGCGAGAAGACUCGGGAGGCUCCGGAAAAACACGGGUCCUAUAGGCAAAGAUCUGUAUGCUGUGAAAAGACUCAGAGAAGCGGCCAAUGGCAAUGACAUUGACACAGUUCGUAGGUUACUGCAAGAAGGUAUUGACCCCUGUGCUGCUGAUGACAAGGGAAGAACUGCUUUACACUUUGCUUCCUGCAAUGGAAAUGAGAGCAUUGUUCAGAUGUUGAUAAGCCAUGGUGCAGACCCCAACCAGAGAGACAGCCUUGGAAACACUCCUCUUCAUCUAGCUGCUUGUACCAAUCAUGUUCCUGUCAUCACAACCUUACUGAGAGGAGGUGCCCGUGUAGAUGCAUUGGACCGUGCUGGAAGAACCCCUCUCCACCUCGCCCGCUCAAAGCUCAACAUCUUACAGGAAGGAGAGUCAAGAAGUUUGGAAACCCUUCGAGGAGAAGUCACACAGAUCAUUCAGAUGUUACGCGAGUACCUUAAUGUGAUGGGGCACAGUAAGGAGCGAGACAGAUUGGAGCAUAUUUCUACCCAGCUACAACAAACACGCACUAAAGAACAGGUGGAUGAAGUGACUGAUUUACUUGCCAGCUUUACAUCUCUAAGUAUACAAAUGCAAAAUAUGGAAGACAGGUAGAGAAGAAUGAACAUGGAGGCUUGAGGAAAUCUGAAGAAUGGUUUGGAGAAUGGAAAUACCUGGGAUAUAUUUAUUUAUGCAUGACCAUAUGCUGUACAAUUUUAAUUCUUUGGUCACUUCUACAAAGAAUAUGACUAAGAUUUGCCUCCAAACACGUGUUGUUCUCUGAAUUUAAAAUGUCCUUGUUUUAUAUUUUUCCUUUUUAUGUUGUCUUUUUAAAGAAAGUACGGUU